AUGCAAAUCCGAACGGUUUUAAUUUCUCUGCUAAUUAUAAUUCAGGGAAGGUCGAUUUCCUGCCUGGAUUUGGGUCAUGGAAUCGAUGGGCGAAUCGCUGGUGGGGAGUUGGCCAGGGCUAAUCAGUUUCCCUAUCAAGUGGGUCUGAGUAUUGAAGAACCCAACGAUUUGUUUAGCUGGUGUGGAGGUAGUUUGAUCUCCGACCGAUAUAUGCUAACAGCAGCACACUGUGUCGAAAAGGCUGUCGCUAUCACUUUCUACUUGGGCGGAGUACAGCGUCUAGCUCCUAGACAGCUUCUUCAAACGAAUAAUCCUGAAGUGCACUUUCAUCCUGCUUGGAAUUGCCAAACCCUGGAGAACGACAUUGCUCUGAUACGAUUACCGGAGGAAGCAAUUCUCUGCGAUUCCAUUAAACCUAUCCGGUUGCCCGGAAUCUCAUCCAGCAAUUCCAAUUACGAAUACGUCCCCGCAGUCGCUUCCGGUUGGGGUCGCUUGAAUGAUGAAUCCGCUGCCAUCUCCGAUUCCCUUCGUUAUGUCGCCCGCUUUGUGGAAUCCAAUGAGGACUGUCGGUACUCCUACGCCAACAUAAGAUCCACCAACAUCUGCAUGGACACAACUGGAGGGCGAUCCACUUGCACGGGAGACUCCGGAGGACCUCUGAUCUACAACGAUCCCAACCUAAAUACCGAUGUUCUGAUUGGCAUUACUUCAUAUGGCAAAAAGUCAGGUUGCACCAAGGGAUACCCUUCCGUUUUCACACGCGUCACCGCCUAUUUGGAUUGGAUAGGCGAGGUGAGCGGGGUUUCCUAUUCAUAGAAUUGCCCUCGAUGGCUGA